UCCUGCUGCGGGAUCACCACUCUGUCGCCAGUCAGUCAGUCAGUCAGCCAGAAUAGUCAGUCUAUCGGUGGUUGCUUUCGGGAUCGGAUAUGCUUUUCGGGUGUUCCCGUGCGUCGCGGUUUUCAUCGUCCAUUGUCGUGGCAAGCAGGUGCAGCGUAUUGACCGGAGCGUGCUUUUAGUGCAAGUGGCAGGCAUACACUCCCAGCCGGUGAUAAAUACACACGGGAACGAGAAGUUCGCUUAGGGAAAGUGAGCUCGUAUCUUGAGCCGACUGCAGUAUCGACAGUGGAAUAGUGCAUAGUUUCGGUGGGCUGCUUUCGUCCCUACAAGCGGUAUUUGUGCAUUGUUCUAGGAAAGGAUUUUCCGAAACGCACCGGGAAGUUUUCCUCGUAUUGUUAUUGUUGGUGUGGAUGUUUGUGCCAGCAACGGUGAUGAUGAUGAUGAUGAUGCCAAUGAUGUGAAUAAUAUUCGUACGUUGCUCUUCUGUUCGUAAAGUUUGCAACGCAGUGCUCGCUUUAGUGUUAUUAGUGAGAAACCCUAACGGUAGAGGGGCUUUGAUGCUUCCCUGAGAAAUAAUGAUGCUGAAGCUGUAGAAUCGAAACGGCGACGGCGGGCUGCAUCCAACGGAUCGGAAAAGGUGUUUUGGAAGUGUUUGUAUUUAUGUGCAGUGUUUUGUCAUGGAAUAAAUCGUAAAUCCAACAGCAUAUCAAGCGAACAACACUAACCAUUGAAUUUCAGAAGUGAGCUAAACCGUGACAACUUCAGACUUCAUCCGCCUAUUUGGUAUUGCUAUUCACCUUUGCUUCUGAAAUAAUUAAUUUACCCCUCCUCCAGCGACCGCUACUGAUUCGGUCACAACUCCACUGCGACAUGGUCGCUAGUGGUGCGGGAUGAAGUGUUCAUGCGAAAACAACGCCAACAACCCGCAACCACCGCCAUCGGCUGACAGUGGCAGCCACCAAUUAGGGUAGCUCGUCGCAUCCACCAGCCCUCUUUGAAGCUCAUUCAACCUGAAAUUUAAUAUUAUUAAAUCAUUAAAUGACGGCAUGCCAUUCAGCUGCCGGUCAGGCGCUGCGCUGGGUGGUGUUUAACCGUAGAAAAAACUGAAACGUGUGUAUAGGCUAGUGCAAUUCAAAUUUUCAUACAAGCGAAAAGUGGCAGUGUAGUGUGCUUACUGCGGAUGCUGUUGACCGUGUAAAAGUACAUCAACGCCCACUCAUCACCCCUACCGCCAUUGUACCAGACGGUGAAUCCGGACGCGAACGAUCGCAAGUGAAACGUUACAAUAAUGUUGAUUCUUCACACAAUCAAAUUAAUUUUAAUAACUUUAAAUAUUCUGCCAUAUCGGUUCACGCACCGGAAUGUGCUCUUCCUGAUCUACCUGGGGACGCUCGUAACGCACGUGUUUAUGGAUGAACCUCGAUUCGCACAGCCAAUUCCAAACGUGACGGUAGCUGUUGGUAGGGAUGCAAAUCUUCCCUGCGUAGUAGAACAUUUAGGUACUUACAAGGUAGCCUGGAUCCACAUAGACCGGCAGAUGAUACUGACGAUACAUAGGCACGUAAUAUCACGAAUUCCGCGGUACAGUGUGACCUACGACAACUCCAAUACGUGGCUGCUGCACGUUAACCAGGCCCAGCAGGAUGACCGGGGUUACUAUAUGUGCCAAGUCAACACGAACCCUAUGAUCAGCCAGGUUGGAUACCUGCAAGUAGUCGUGCCUCCAAACAUCCUGGACAUCGAGAGCACUCCCUCGUCGGUGGCAGUACGGGAGAACCAAAACAUCAACAUGACAUGUCGAGCCGACGGAUUUCCGACUCCCAAAAUAAUCUGGCGGCGCGAGGACGGCCAAAGCAUCACCGUCGAACGAAAAAAGAAAGUGAUGGUUUACGAUGGCGAAGUGCUUCAUCUGACGAAAGUGAGCCGAAACGAGAUGGGUGCUUAUCUCUGCAUAGCCACUAAUGGCGUGCCACCAUCAGUGUCUAAGCGGAUUAUUCUUGACGUUGAGUUUUCACCUAUGAUAUGGGUUCCAAAUCAACUUGUUGGAGCUCCUCUAUCGACAGAUGUAACGAUAGACUGUCACACAGAAGCGCAUCCAAGAGCGAUCAUCUACUGGGUCUACAAUUCCGUGAUGGUACUACCGAGCAAAAAGUAUAUAAUCGAUUACAACGAAAACUCUUAUCGAGCACAUAUGAAGCUGACCAUCAAGAAUUUAUCGCUCGGCGACUUUGGGAAUUACCGGUGUAUUUCGAAAAACUCCUUAGGGGAGACCGAAGGUUCAAUACGUGUCUACGAAAUUCCUCUACCAUCGACACCGUCGAAGCAAAUAACGCACGUAGUGGAACCGAAAGAAGUGGUGGUAACGCGAAACGAAACCAUUAAGGUCGUCCAACCCGAGGUGCUGUUUCCAAUUAAGAACGAUGAAAACUAUGCGCAGCGCUCCCCCAACGGCAUCCCGUUCGAGCGCAAGGGUUUGGCAAUCGGACAAAGCUUCUACACUGAUAUGCCGCCAAAGGAUUUCGGCUACUCCCACGCAUCGUCGCUACGGUGGAACUGUGCAGCCUACUACGUGCUAGUCAAAAUUGUCAGCAUAUCUUCAUCGCUCACCUACUCCUACUGCGUCGCCAACCAGUUAUUUCUGUAAACGUCAUCAAGGGUAUGUUUGUAAAACGAUUGUAUAUUAACAAAAACAAUAUGUUAUGUUAAGGAAGUUUAUACAGCAAUCCCCAUAUCAUUACUGAAAGGAUUAUCCCUUGCCUGAUUUGACCCAACAUAUCCGUAAGUUUGUACAUUGAAAACGUGAAAUUCGAAGCAAGUGAUAUUAUAGUCAAAUUGCAAAUUAAAGACAAAAACCAACUCAGAAAACAUAAUUGCCAACAAGAUCAUCAUAUCCUCACAGAACCAAAUCAAAACGAAAUCCUUUACGUCUAUAGUGACAAACUCGAGCGCGAUCCAAAAGACACAGCAAGACAUUGCGAACUAUCUAUUAAGCAUACCAAACGACUAAUAGGAUGUUAAAAUAAUUCAAACUCUUUAAAAAGCUAUGGACCCUAGCAGAAAUUAGGAAACAGAAAUCAGAAACGCUUUUUGUUGCAAAUAAAAUUAUUGAUGACUAAAACUAUGGAAGUAAUAAGAAUGUAAUUAAACUAGGCUGACAGCGAACUGUAUCAUAAUAGUGAUAAAACGGGGAAAAAUCAGUUGUUGAUUAGAUGUAACUAGUAGCUAUAUUCAAGCGCAAAUAGACGUUGGAAUGUUGACAAAUGUCGCUAAAAUGCCAACAUGAUGUACAUAAAGUAAUUCCAGUUGGUGAAACAACUGGCAGGCAGGCAGGCAACCGAUUUGUAAAAAUAUACAUCUACUUGCCAAACCGCAUGCGAGCAAAUGAAGAUACUACUAAGUAAUAAUUUAUUUACUAGUCAAAGUUCGACUCUAGUUGAGGAAUUGCAACCAUAAUUGCUGAAUCAUGUAAACGAAAAGGAAAACCCUAAAAGUAUUAUUUUAAAGAUUUUAUAUGAAGCCAUUAUGCUGACUGUUUGGUCUGACUCUAAAUCGCUCAGCUAACGUGGGAUAAUAUCAUGCAGAAAUAACGAAAACGCUCAUAUCGAUUAGAUAUUGUAAUGGGAACUGAGAUGAACAAGGCGCAAUUCGAUCAAAUGUAUUAUUGAAGGAUAUUUUUGUUAACCUAAACCAAGGAUGAAUCAUACGAACGAAAAGCAAAUAAAAAAAACCAAAAGAAAACAUUUGAUUUA